AUGGAGGCUUUUUCGUGGUGUAAGGACUUAUUGACUCCUAAAACCUUUAACACGUUCAGUUUUGUGGCAAAUGCUUGUUGGAUUAUAAUCGCAAUAGUGUUUCUUGCAAUAUUUUCGGACACGGAAAACAAUGAACCGAGGUUUGACUGGAGUUGUGCUUUGAACAGUGCUGAUACCGAUGACUCCAUAGAAGGAAAUUGUUUCGUGAAAUACGAAGGGUUGUACAACAAACUAUCUGUUCCUCCUUACCUUUUCGUCUUUGGGAACUUCUUUCUUCCUCUCAUUGUUUGUGCGAUGUAUGCAGCAUUGGCUAAGCCAAGAGUGACAAAAGUGAGUUCUCUUGUAAACAGAGGAAAAAGAAAAAAAGUGAGCUCUCUUGUAAACAGAGCGGACGUCGAAAGAGGCCAGGAUGAAACGGUGAACUCAAGUCGUCAAAGAAAACUCUUCACAGCAUACCUUUUUCAACUUAUCACCAGGCUCUGUCUCGGGAUUGUGUUUAUCGUCUUUCUGCAAACUGAACUAUUUUAUCCUCGUAAAUUUCUUUCAGACUUCAAGUGUAAUGUCACGAGAGGAGCAGUUAAUCAAACAGCGAAUGCAACUGGGAACGCACAAACUCAAACAUAUGAAUGUAACACUAAGCGAGCACAUAAGAAGACCUCGUAUAUGUAUGCCUUACGCGGAGUUGAUGGAUUUUUUGCAUUUAUUCUUUUACUUGAGAUUUUUAUCAUUUUGUCGCGUGUAAGAAAAGGAAAACAGUUCAUGAAUGACCAACAGUUUUAUACUGAUCAUCUUAAAUCGAAUUAUGAUCCCCAGAAAGAGUCUUCUGGUGAACAAAAUUCACGACAAGAAAUAACUCUGAGGCUUAUAUCACAACCAGAAUUGCAAGUUUCACAGGAGGAAGAAAAUCUCGAAAUAUUGGAAACAGAACAUUUACCUCUGUUGCAAACUUGUUUCAAGUGCAUGAAGGAAAGUGUCUUAAAGAACACCGAGCGAGUUAGAGACCUCUCUUCACCCUUCAAACCGAACCCGGGCGAAGGCGAUAAACCUAAAGAUCUUAAACUCGACGAAAUUUAUACUAAUUUGAUCAUUCAUCCUGAAAGAGCCUAUUAUCACUUUCCUGAAAACAGGCGAGAACAGCUAAAAGUGUACCCCAAACCAGAGAAAAAUUUACCACCAAAAAGACCUGGAGACAUUGUUGAUGAUCAGCACAAGAAUAUUCUUAUCGUUGGUCACCCUGGAAUUGGCAAAACGUCGUUUUGCACAAAGUUUAUGCGCGACUGGGCAAGCGACCGCUUAUUCGAUGAAGCGCAAAAUUUAGAAUUACGAUUUGACGUUGCUUUCCUCGUUAAAUUUAAGAGACUGAACUCUACUGCAGAGCUUAACCUUCGAGAGCUUUUGGAUAAAUCAGAAUUUUCAACACAUGUGAAUGAUGUGGUAUGGAACUACAUUUGCCAAAACCCAAGCAGAGUACUUUUUAUUUUCGAUGGAAUUGACGAAUACUCUGCAAGGAAAAAGAUACAAGAAGAUGACUCUAUUUAUAAAGACACGGUAGAAGAAAAAAUGCCUUUACAUGCAUUGUACACAAAGAUUAUGUCGGGAAAACUUCUUGAAGGAGCCACUGUUUUAACGACUACAAGACCUACUGCUGUAUCGUGCGUAAGAGAUCUUGAAUUCAGCCGAGUAGUUGAAAUUCUUGGAUUUUCAUCAGGGCAAGUGAAAAACUAUGUGGAGAAGUACACAGGCGAUGACAAAGGUGCAGGAGAAACGAUAUGGCAACAUAUCAGCAACAACCUUAACCUCUUUUCAUUGUGCUAUAUACCUGUUAACUGUUUCAUCAUUUGUUCGUGCCUUCUAUACAUGUGGCAGAACUUUCGUUCCAAUUCCAUUCAUGGUUUAAAUAGCCUACCAACUAAACUAACCGACAUAUACAGCUUCGUUGUAAAGCUUAUGUUCUUCAGGCACAGUAACAGAUACCGCAAUAAAACUGUUGGUCAGGAUGAAAUUUUCAAAAAAUUCGAUGAGCUGGAUGAAGACGUGAAAGGGGAUUUUAAGAAACUGGCAACAAUUGCUUUUAAAGGAAUUGAUGAAGGAAGAUUAACCUUUGAAUCUAACGAAGUUACAAACCUAGAGGAUUGUGGCCUACUUCAUCGCUUACCUGAUUUAAAACCAGAGGCGAAGCGACCAAAACCCAAAGCUCAAUACUGCUUCCAGCAUCUGACCAUCCAAGAGUUUCUCGCCGCAAAGCAUGUGACAGACAUGGAAGAAGCCGAAUUGCGAGAAUUUGUUUCAAGUCACAUCACGAACGGUGCAUGGCAAGUGGUGUUGCAGUUUGUGGCUGGGCUUCUCAGUGAACGAGAUGAACCACUGACCGAUAUUUUUACUAAUCUUCUGCCAGUGUCGACGUAUGAAGAAACAGGAGAUGAACUGCAGUCAGGCACAUUAACCUGUUGGCCAAGAAAGAAAGACAAACAUUUAGCGUUAACGUUAUGUCACUGUUUAUAUGAGAUCGAUGCAGAUGAUUCAGCCGUGCAAAACAGAGUAAGAGAGAUCAAUUUUAACGCUGUAGUGUUUGAUUACUGUCGUCUAGGACCUGUUGAUUGUACUGCAAUAGCCAAUUUUCUUAAAAUAGAUAACGAAAUUUUAAUGAUUAAUUUGAGAGGUAACCAGAUUGGCUGUCUGGGUUGUAAAGAAAUAAGCGAGUUUUUAGUGUUUUCUUCAAGUGUCAGUGAUAGUAAUUGCAAACUUCGCAGCUUAAACCUCAGUAAGAACAUUGUAACCGAUGAAGGAGUAGAGUAUUUGGCCAAAGCGUUAAAGAACAGUAAUUGCAAACUAAACCUCUUAAACCUCUCGAAAAACAAUGUAACCGAUGAAGGAGCAAAGUGUUUGGCUGAAGCUUUAAAGCACAGUGAUUGCAAACUAAACAGCUUAAACCUCUCGGAAAACAAUGUAACCUAUGAAGGAGCAAAGUGUUUGGCUGAAGCUUUAAAGCACAGUGAUUGCAAACUAAACAGCUUAAACCUCUCGCAAAACAAUGUAACCUAUGAAGGAGCAGAGUGUUUGGCUGAAGCUUUAAAGCACAUUAAUUGCAAACUGAACAGCUUAAGCCUCGCGUUUAACAAUGUAGCCAAUGAAGGAGCAAAGUGUUUGGCUGAGGCUUUAAAGCACAGUAAUUGUAAACUAAACAGGUUAGGCCUCCACGGUAACCAAUUAACUGGUGAAGGAGAAAAGUAUUUAGCUGAAGCUUUAAAGCACAGUAAUUGCAAACUAAACAACUUAAACCUCUCGGUAAACAAUGCAACCGAUGAAGGAGCAAAGUGUUUGGCUGAAGCUUUAAAGCACAGUAAUUGUAAACUAAACAGGUUAGCCCUCGCCGGUAACGAAUUAACCGGUGAAGGAGAAAAGUAUUUAGCUGAAGCUUUAAAGCACAGUAAUUGCAAACUAAAGAGCUUAGAACUCUCGGAAAACAAUGUAACCGAUGAAGGAGCAAAGUGUUUGGCUGAAGCUUUAAAGCACAGUAAUUGCAAACUAAAGCGCUUAGACCUCUCGGGAAACAAUGUAACCGAUGAAGGAGCAAAGUGUUUGGCUGAAGCUUUAAAGCACAGUAAUUGCAAACUAAUGCGCUUAGACCUCUGGGUAAACAAUGUAACCAAUGAAGGAGCAAAGUGUUUGGCUGAGGCUUUAAAGCACAGUAAUUGCAAACUAAACAGCUUAAACCUUUCGCGAAACAAUGUAACCGAUGAAGGACUAAAGUAUUUGGCUAAAGCGUCAUUGCACACUAAACAACUUAAACCUGGCCUGUAA